AAAACUUCAGAAUGCAGAAAUUCAAAUUCCCUAUAUAAAAUUGUAGUGAAAAUGAACAAUAAACAAGAACACUUUUAAGCAAAAAAUGUCUCUUGUCUCGUACGAAGACAGUGAUGACAGUGGCGAAGAAAAUGUGAACGAUACUGUCUUACUAACUUCUGUUGAUAGUAAGGAUGAAAUGCCUGCUCUUGUUGAACAAACGACUGUAAAGAAAAUCGAAUCGAUAGCCUUACCUAACAGGAUUACUAAUGAGAAUAUCGAGAGUGAAGAGAGUUCAGCGACGAAAACCAAGUCAAUAGGGAGCUUGUUUUCAUCCUUACCUGUACCAUGGAAAAGUUCCGUCUCGUGGACGGACAAGAAUUUGUCGAAAGACGUCAAGAAAGUCGGUCAGUCAAAUACCGUGAAAAUAUCCUUGCCAAAUCUGGAGGCGAACUCAGAUUCUGAUGAUGAGGACUAUGCUGUACGAAAAAAAUCAAGUUCCAUUGUAGACUCUCAGAAAUCCACACGUUUGUUCUCUAUGUUGCCGAAACCAAAACACGGUGUUGUCGUGAAGGAAAACAAUCCCAACAGACCGGUGGCAAAGCUGGCCAACCGACCGCUAAUACCCGACAGCUUGCGUAGAAAGCAAGCCAAGAAUGUAAGCGGUACUCAGGUCAAGAAGUCCUCGGCUCAAACUUCGAAAAUGCAAGAAAGUGACGAUGAAAGCGACCACGAGGAAAGUGGAAGUUUUUUCUCUUGGAGCGAAAAGAUUGCCGUCAGUGAGUCUACAGGUGUUUCCACGAGCCAAAUUCCUUCAGGAUCAACGACCUUGUCCGUUUCCGGUCAAGUCGAAGAGUCUGCGAAUGUAAAGACCACUUUCUCCACUACAAAUGUCCCGCUCGAAUUCUUGGUGUCCCCAGAGGCUCCCAAACCACCUCAACCUUACCCUUCACAUGACCAGGAUAGUGAAUUUGAUAUGCAAGGAAAUCCCCAAUCUUUGCCUUACUCGAACAUAGACCCAAAUGUAUUGCCUGACUAUUCGAGCACCAAUGAAAAUGCUAGUUUUAAUUAUUCUGCGUCAAGUCUUCCAUAUCAUGACACCACGAGCGAUUCGUAUGGAUACGCCAUGGGUUAUUCGGGAAAUUCUGGUCAUUACCAAACGCAAAAUUACAACGAUCAGUAUGUCACAUCUCAAACACCGGUCGAUUGGCAACAACCCGCACAACCUGCAAAUCAAGAACAACCCGAGCAGUUGAAACGAUUUCUCGGUAAACGUGGACGCGGUGAGGAGAACAUCGCCAUUAUUGAUGUGAAUGCCGAUGAUCAAGUUGCAUCUUCUGAUGACUGGAGAUCCAACUAUCAGAAGGAAGAUUUGGACAAUAAACCGCUCUCAAAGAAAAAAGGCAGUCUUCCCUCAUCCCAGUCAAGAAGAAAACAUCAAAUAACUUACUUAGCCUUUCAGGCUAAAGAGAGGGAAUGGGAACUAAGAAAUCAGUGGUCUGCCAAUAGACAAACAAGACGACAAACGCAGGCGAAGUAUGGAUUCUAGCGUCGAGCAUAGAUGUACCGUCACGUUUACCAAAUACUAACGAAAACAAAAUAAAUAAUGGAUCCAAUUUUAAGAAACGACGGCAACCGAACCUAUCGUUCCAUUUUUCUUUUGGAGAGUGGGCUCAGACGUCUCGCGAAAAUCACUCUGUUGAUUUGUUGACAAUUAAAAAUAGUCGUAUAUGAUAUAGCUUAAUCAAAUGGUAAAUAUCUCGUGAAUAUAUUUUAAAGUACAAACGAACAACAUCAA